AUGGAGAGCACCCAGGAGCCCCCAAACAGCAGCACCCCAGGGCCCUUUGAUGGCCCCCAGUGGCCCCACCAGGCCCCCAGGGCCAUGUACCUGGCUGUGGCCGUGCUCAUGGGGCUGGUGGUGGCCUCGGCCUCGGUGCUCAAUGGCCUGGUCAUCGUGGUGUCCAUCCGGCACAAGAGGCUGCGCUCGCCCCUCAAUUACAUCCUGGUGAACCUGGCCGUGGCCAACCUGCUGGUGACGCUCUGCGGCAGCUCCGUCAGCCUCUCCAACAACAUCCAGGGCUUCUUCGUCUUUGGGGAGCGCCUCUGCCAGCUGGAGGGCUUCAUGGUGUCCCUGACAGGCAUCGUGGGGCUGUGGUCCCUGGCCAUCCUGGCCUUGGAGAGGUACCUGGUGGUCUGCAGACCCCUGGGAGACUUUCGGUUCCAGCGCCGGCACGCUGCCAGCGGCUGUGCCUUCACCUGGGGCUGGUCCCUGCUCUGGACGACCCCACCACUGCUGGGCUGGAGCAGCUACGUGCCUGAAGGCCUGAGAACCUCCUGCGGACCCAACUGGUACACGGGCGGCAGCAACAACAGCAGCUACAUCCUGGCCUUGUUUGUCACCUGCUUUGUGGUGCCCCUCAGCCUGAUCCUCUUCUCCUACACCAACCUGCUGCUGACCCUGCGGGCGGCAGCGGCACAGCAGCAGGAGUCGGACACGACGCAGCAGGCGGAGCGGGAGGUGACACGCAUGGUGGUGGCCAUGGUGGUGGCCUUCCUCACCUGCUGGCUGCCCUACACCACCUUUGCACUGGUGGUGGCCACCAACAAGGACAUUGUCAUCCAGCCAGCCCUGGCAUCCCUGCCCUCCUACUUCUCCAAGACGGCCACAGUCUACAACCCCAUCAUCUACGUCUUCAUGAACAAACAGUUCCAGAGCUGCCUGCUGGGAAUGCUGUGCUGUGGUUACCACCCCAGGGGCAUGGGGAAAACCUCUCCAGCUGCCCCCGGUCCCCAGGUGGCUGCAGAGGGGCUGAGGAACAAGGUGACACCAUCCCACCCCGUGUGA